AUGAAUAUUGACCCCAGGAACUGUCUUCUGGUAACGGGGGUGCUGGAGGCAGUUGAUGAGGGCUCAAUAGAACCUACCUUAAGGUCAUCCACUGAGUACCUGCGUAAGUGCAAAAUGCAUGGGCGCAUGUUUGUGAGGGAGGAGGGGGCUUUUGCUGUACUGUGUGAGCUGCCCUCGGCUGUGGACCCUCUACAGGUUCCAGGCUCGAUAGCAGUGGAAGAUGGUGAGUGGAAGGUAAUAACCACUGGGAGCCAGCCCUCACCAGCCCCUACCCCUGAUGUAGAGUUUUUAAAGAAAAUGUCGGCCUUUUUAGGGAAAGAGGGAAAAACUUUGGCUGAUAUGGCGGGUCUGUUGGGCCUCAAGCCGGAAGCCCCACAACAGGAGCCUGCUCCUUCACCUGAUGAGUGGGUGAAGGCUUUGGGGCGAGCAUUAGAGAAAGUUAUGCCACCCCACCCUGAGUCAAGCCCCUAUCGUAAGCUGAGGUUGUUUUCUGGGGGUCCCACCCCAAUACCUGGGGAGGAAGCAUUUGAGCCCUGGCUGGAGCACACCACUGAGAUGCUGCAGGAGUGGGCGGUGCCUGAUGCUGAAAAGAGAAGGCGACUAGUAGAGUGUCUCAGGGGGCCAGCCCUAGAUGUGAUUCGCACCCUAAAGCUCGGUAACCCAGGGGUCAAGGUGAAGGACUGCCUGGAGGCCCUGGAUCACGCCUUUGGGAGAACUGAGGGUUCAGAGGAUGCUUAUUGCAAGUUCCUCAAUGCAAGGCAACAAAAGGGAGAGAAGGGUUCUGCCUAUAUCCAGAGGUUGGAGAAGUUAUUACAGAGAGCCAUCAUGAGGGGGGCAGUAGCAGUUGAGCAAAUGGACCGGACUAGAUUGGCUCAGGUUGUGAGAGGAAUUCAGUAUCAGAACCCAAUCCUUCUCCACCUUCGAUUAAGGGAACGGCAAGAUAAUCCACCAAGUUACUCUCGCCUGAUAAAAGAGGUCCGAGAGGAAGAAGAGAGGCAGGCAGCUGGCGAGGUUUGGGAGGUGCAGCAACACCAGGCAACUGGCACAACAUCCAUGCGGAUGCCCAAGGCACUAAUGGUGAAUCCUCAAGAGGAACUUAUCCAGCAAGUGCAGGCCCUGACACAGAAAGUGACUGAACUAGAGAAUACCUUUGAUUCAGCAAAGACUUCGAGGUGCAAGGAACCCUCUGGUACCAUGGUCCAGAGGACUACGUUUAGAACCUCUGCACCACCCCGUCAGCAAGGGAAAGGACAAUCCUUCUUCUGCUACCGGUGUGGCCAGGGUGGGCACAUUGCUGCAAGGUGUCAGAAUGCAGAGAAUCCCAUGUUAGUAUAUCAAAAGCUGAGGACCACCUGGGGAAAGUUGGGAAACGGCCCCAGGGCCUGGGAAGGGAGCCGCCUAGGCCUGCAGGAUGUGGAGGCUCCCCUGGAAGGAACCAUGCGGCCCAAAUCCCCCCAGGAUUGA